AUAGCUAUAUAUAUAAGUUGAAAACUUCUCCAAAUGAUUGAAUAUCAUUGUAACCAACAACCCAAAAAUCAAACGCAAAUCUUUCAUCCCAUAUGGCAACUAAACUACCUUCUGAAUCUCACCAAGCAACAAAAUGUCACUCUCUAUACAUUCCAAACCAAAUUCUAAACCCAACCUAUCUUAGAAUAUUGGAUACCACCCUCCGCGACGGCGAACAAUCACCUGGCGCAGCGAUGUCUUGCAAGGAGAAGCUCGACAUCGCUCGCCAGCUGGCAAAGCUACGUGUCGAUGUCAUUGAGUCAGGGUUUCCAUCUGCUGGAAAUGAUGACUUCAUGGCAGUCAAAAUGAUAGCUCAAGAGGUUGGCAAUAAUGUUGAUGAUGAUGGGUAUGUUCCUGUUAUAGGUGGUAUGUGUAGGUGCAGUGAGAAGGACAUUGCCAUUACUUGGGAAGCUGUUAAAUAUGCAAAAAGGCCAAGGAUAUGUACUUUUUUAGCAACUAGUCCAAUUCAUAUGGAGUACAAAUUGAGAAAGACGAAAGAUGAAGUACUUGUCAUGGCUCGUGAUAUGGUGAAAUUUGCUCGGAGUUUAGGUUGUUGUGAUGUCCAAUUUGGUGCUGAAGAUGCUGCCAGAUCGGACAAGGAAUUCCUUUAUCAAAUUCUUGGAGAAGUUAUCAAAGCUGGGGCAACAACUGUGGUGAUACCUGACACUGUGGGCAUAGCAAUGCCAUUUGAAUUUGGAAAUCUCAUUGCUGAUUUAAAAAAGAAUACCCCUGGAAUUGAAAAUGUUAUCCUUGCAACCCAUUGCCAUAAUGACCUUGGACUUGCUACAGCUAACACCAUAGAGGGUGCUCGUGCAGGUGCUAGACAGUUAGAAGUUACGAUUAAUGGGAUUGGUGAAAGGGCUGGUAAUGCCUCAUUAGAAGAGGUUGUGAUGAUCGUGGCAUGCAGGGGCAAUGAUAUCUUAGGUGGUCUACAUACAGGAAUUAAUACAAGACAAAUACUAAACAUAAGCAAAAUGGUCGAAAAGUACUCCGGUUUGCAUUUACAGCCUCACAAAGCUCUUGUUGGUGUUAAUGCUUUUCUUCAUGAGAGUGGCAUUCAUCAGGAUGGCAUGUUAAAACAUAGAGGCACAUAUGAAAUAAUAUCUCCUGAAGAUAUUGGUCUUGAAAGAUCUACUCUGGCUAGUCUUGUACUAGGGAAGCUUAGCGGACGCCAAGCAUUGAGAAAGAGACUUGAAGAGCUUGGUUAUGUAUUAAAGGACGAUGAAGUUGAGGCUAUGUUUUGGAAAUUCAAAGCAUUGGCUGGGAAGAAAAAGAGAGUAACCAAUGAAGAUCUCAAGGUAUUGGUGUCAAAUAAGGGGCAGAUACAUGGAAUUGUCUAUGAGAUUGGCGAUGUAUAGUGCAGGAAACAAAUUCAGAUGAAUAAACGUGGGAUCAAACAAGAAGAGCCAAGUUCACAAGUAUAGUGGAGCAACUAUAUUUUUUUUUCUAUGCACGUAUUUCUUGAUUCAAGCAUUUAUAGUUUCAUAAAAUUGUAGCCAAAUGUACCUUCACAUUAACUAGUUCAUUUAUGUAUUUAUAAUAAGCAUCCAUUAACUACAUCCUUUAAGAUAGAUAAAAGAAUAAAACACAACUAUGUUGCUUCCUUUUAUUCUCCACCAUUCAUAAACAUUAAGUCAAAAUAUCAUUUUAAAACACUUAC